UUAACCAGUGGAGGGAGAUUUCAAAGUGGGGAUUCCAGUUUGGUUAGAUAGUGUAGUCUCAUUUUACGUGGAGUAUUCUUCAUAGUGUAUCGGUGUACUUAUGAUCUCCCACCAAUCAUAAAAAAAAAAGCUUUUAGUUAGAGGAAAUCAUUUCUCCUUUAAGUGAUUUAACGUGUUCAACCGGUUUAUAAUAAAUAAUUUAAUUCGCUGAAAAAUAUUCUGAUGUGAUUUACGAGAACCACUUGAUGACGAGCAGACUAGCUUUCACACGAUAACGGGAAAAUCGAGACACAAGAGGACAAGAGGAUUACAAUGAAUUUCAGAACCAGUUGUCAAUUACUAUCGAUACGUCGAUUGUCGCGAACGCAAAAUGAUCUUCGAAGAAUAUUAUGUUCAGGUGCAAUAACCUCGACGAAGAGUUGCAUGGUCGAUCACGAUACAACGAUUCAAGGGAAACCGUACAAGGACAUACCAGGGCCGAGACCGAUUCCAAUUUUAGGGAAUACGUGGCGUCUGUUUCCGCUGAUUGGCCAGUACGAGAUAUCGGACGUUGCCAAAUUGUCACAAAUAUUCUACGACGAGUAUGGGAAGAUCGUUCGUUUGGCAGGUUUAAUAGGUCGGCCGGAUUUGUUGUUCGUUUACGAUGCGGACGAGAUCGAGAAAAUUUAUAGACAGGAAGGACCGACACCGUUUAGGCCAUCUAUGCCGUGUCUUGUGCAUUACAAAAGCGUUGUGAGGAAAGAUUUUUUUGGAAAUCUACCCGGUGUAGUUGGAGUGCACGGUGAACCAUGGAGAGAAUUUCGUACGAGAGUACAGAAACCUGUUCUACAACCGCAGACGGUGAGGAAAUACAUAACACCUAUUGAGAUGGUUACGUCUGACUUUAUACAAAGAAUUCAAGAGAUCAAAGGAGAGGACGGAGAGGUGCCAGGAGACUUUGAUAAUGAAAUACAUAAAUGGGCUUUAGAGUGUAUAGGGCGCGUUGCUCUUGAUGUGAGAUUAGGAUGCUUAUCGAGUAAUCUGACGUUGGAUUCGGAGCCCCAAAAGAUCAUCGAUGCGGCAAAGUUUGCUUUGAGGAACGUAGCUAUACUGGAAUUAAAAGCUCCUUACUGGAGAUACGUGCCAACCCUUCUCUGGUCAAGAUACGUACGAAACAUGGAUUACUUCAUCGAAGUAUGUAUGAAAUACAUCGACGCAGCGAUGGAGAGAUUGAAAACGAAAAAAGCUGUUGACGAGUAUGAUUUGUCUUUAAUGGAAAGAAUUCUAGCCAAAGAAAGUGAUCCUAAAAUAGCUUAUAUACUCGCCUUAGAUUUGAUCUUGGUUGGGAUAGACACAAUUUCCAUGGCCGUUUGUUCAAUAUUGUAUCAACUGGCAAUCAGACCAGAGGAACAAGAAAAAAUUUAUCAGGAACUUGUGGAAAUUCUUCCUGAUCCAUCUGUACCCCUUAAUAUGAAUCAUCUGGAUAAAGCUAUUUACAUGAAAGCUUUUAUUCGUGAAGUUUUUCGAGUAUAUUCUACGGUAAUUGGAAACGGUAGAACAUUGCAAAAUGAUACGAUAAUUUGCGGUUAUAAAGUACCAAAAGGAGUACAAGUAGUGUUUCCAACCGUGGUAACGGGAAAUAUGGAAAAAUAUGUAACGGAUGCAAAAAUGUUUAAGCCAAUGCGAUGGCUGAAAGAAUCUAAGACUUUACAUCCUUUUGCAUCACUACCUUAUGGUCAUGGUGCACGUAUGUGCUUGGGUAGGAGAUUUGCCGAUUUAGAAAUACAAGUUCUACUCGCAAAGCUGAUAAGAUCUUAUAAAUUGGAAUACCAUCAUAAACCACUUAAAUAUAAAGUUACAUUUAUGUAUGCACCUGACGGGGAAUUAAAAUUUAAAGUGCUUCCAAGAUAGUCAUCAAAUCGUUAAAAUAGAUAUAAUAGAGAUAAAAUUACAAAAUUUCUUUUAUAUUAAUAUUUAUUAUUAUUAACGUAUUACUAUUAAUUUUUGUAUAUUAAUAUUUGUAUAUAAAUUGAUACAUUACCUAUCAAUAAAUUUUAAAUUUAAGGAUCCUUUAGGCGUGUACAUAGGAUUUAUAUAAUACUCUAAUUUCUCAUGAUGAUAUUCAAUUUUGUAACGUUGUAAAAUCUGAAAUAAAAAAUUGUCAAUAACAUUAUUACAAGCAAAUACCCAUA